AUGGCGCCCCUGUAUAAGCGGUACAUACCACCGAAGCCUUCAGAUAACGGACCGGUCCCAUCACAGUCUACAGCACAAACUGGACCGAAACCCGUCAAAGCUGCACCUCCACCAGAAGAUGCGCCGAACAAGCGGAAACGAGAACGAACGGAGGAAGAGGUCGCAGAGAGGAAGGCGAAGAAGCUGAAGAAGAAGGGCAUUGAUCCUGCAACCGUUCCACCGCCUCAGCCAACGGCGCAGAAGACAGCUCCACCUCCAACUCCACCAUUCGCACCAGUGCCGCCUGAGGUUGCCCAUGUUGAGACUGAUGGGCCUGUGUUCGAAGCAAAGGGCACUUUUGCCCACGUGAAGGACGCAAAGAAGCGGCAUAAGCUGGAGAAGCAGGCUAGGGAACAGAGAAAGCAGACUGAGAAGGCGAAGCAGGAUGGGCGAGAAGAUGGAACAGUAGCUGCUCAGCAAGAUACUUCAAAACAGGGAAAGAACGGAGGGCGUGAGGUGCAGUCUAUGCCCGCAGGCGCUGAGAAGGCUCAACAGAAUGGUGCAAUCUCUGUCGACGAUGGCACGGGUCCUACGUCGGGUGAUCGUGUCGAUGGACUCAAGCCACAGAAGCGAGAGAAGCGAAAGAAAAACCGCAGUGAGAACGAAAAUGUCAAUGGGACGUCAGAAUCAAUACAGGUUCCUGCUAGCGAAGCUUCUCCAAUCGAUGAGAACACCUCGCAGCCCAAGAAACGUCGCCAUAAGCUUGAGGCUGUAUUUCAAUCGAACGACGACGACGACGGAAAUGCGCCGAACGAAAAUCAAGAGCAUCUCAAGAAGCACGGCAGCAUCUUGAAGAAAUUCCAGCAAUCGUCGAAACUCUCCCAGGACGUUCCUCCUUCAGUGCCAUCAGCUGAGCAAGAAGACAAUAGCCGUUCUGAGCCUGUCCUGCUUGAUCUAGCGCCACUGCCUCAGCCUGAGAAGGCCCAGACGCCAGAGUUCGUGCCCGAUCCCAAUGCUCUGCCUAGUUGGAUCUCAAAACCUACGAUUGUCUCCAGCGACGAACGCGCGCCGUUCUCUUCUCUUGGCCUCGACGUAAAGGACGUCGACCAUCUAUCCAAGCUUGGGUUCACCAAUGCACUACCCGUACAGAAAGCCGUCAUACCAUUGCUACUUCCACCUGGAACUUCAGGAGCUCGGUUCUUGCCUGGGUCAGAGAUCGUACUACCUGAUAUUGCUGUCAGUGCUCCAACUGGCAGUGGUAAGACUGUGGCAUAUCUCAUGCCUAUCUUGGAGUCGCUAAAACAGGCUGCUGGAUCUGGUACGCUCAAAGCGCUUAUAGUCGUACCUACGAGGGAGUUGGUCAUGCAAGUCGCAGCAGUGGCCGAAAGCCUAGCGCGUGGCACAAAUAUCAAGGUUGGAAUGGCAACAGGCUCCGGCGUCUUCAAAGAUGAGCAAGCUAGACUCAUCAGGCACGGAAGGAGGUACGAUCCGAAAGCGUACCAUGAACUCAUGGCUCAGGCGCAUCGACAGAACUAUCCUCCAGAACAGGACACGGACGAGGUAGAGGACAGCGUCGAAGGGCUCGGACAAGAGAAUUCCAAGCAGAACCAGCGGAUUGAGGACGCCGUGUGUGGACUUCUGGAACAUGUUCCAACGUACGAGUCUGCUUUUGAUGUUGUUGUUGCCACUCCUGGUCGGCUACUCGAACACCUCAAGAGUACACUCGGUUUCAGCCUGUCGCAUCUGGGCUGGCUCGUGCUUGAUGAAGCUGACAAGCUCCUUGACCUGCAAUACGACGGCUUCCUUAACACCAUAAACAACGAAAUUACGCGACCACGUCACGAAGAAGAGCAAGAUUCUCGAGAGCAGUAUCUCCGAUCGAAGAAUCUAUGGGAGGAGCAACGUGAGCGGCGGGUGAGAAAAGUUGUGCUUUCGGCUACCAUGACCAAGGAUGUCUCGAAGUUGCUUGAGCUGAAGCUGCAGCGCCCGCAGAUGGUGGUUGUUAGGGGUGCUGAGCAGGCGGCCUCUGGCGCUGAUCCAGAUGCUACUGAUGUGGCAAAGGAGAGCGAAGAUGGCUUUGAGCUACCUCCCACGCUUGACGAAUACUGUGUACCGGUCGGCGAUGGCAGUGAGAAGCCCUUGUUCCUUGCUGAAGUGCUUCGAACUCGGAUCAUGCCUGCUUUCGAUGGAGAGACCUCUGGCCAGUACGACCGCGAUGAGGACAUAAGCGAUGCUUCAGAUGGCGACGAUGCAUCUUCGACAUCAUCUUCAAGCUCUGACUCAGACUCAGAUGCGGACUCAAAGUCCUCAGGAGAGGAAAGCGAUCAGUCUGCCGGAUCAGCCGCUGGUACCACACCACCACCACCUCCUGCGGACCAUGAACCGGAACAGUCAACACUGCAUCCUUCCCGCGCUGCUCUCCUGCCCAAUCACGACCAUCUCAAGCCUCUUGCCCCCACUGUCCUGAUCUUCACCUCCAGCACCGAGUCCACCACUCGCCUUUCCCACCUCCUCUCCAACCUCCACCCAACGUGGGCGCCUUGGAUAGCAACCAUGACUCGCUCUACGCCAUCUCGCUCGAUUCUCCCUCAUUCCGAUCUCGCAAAACCAAUCAUCACGAUCUCCACGGACCGCGCUGCCCGUGGCCUCGACGCCCUUGGCUCCCGCGCUGUCACGCACGUCGUGCAGUACGAUGUCCCUCGCUCGACGACCGGGUACGUGCAUCGUGUUGGACGGACAGCUCGGGCGGGAAGGCCUGGAGAGGCGUGGACGCUGUUCUCGCAUAGCGAGGGUCGGUGGUUCAUGAAGGAGGUCGUGAAGACCGCCAAGAUCAAGCGGCGAGGGGAAGGCGUGGAGAAGGUCAAGAUCUCAGCUGGAGGCGACAACGAGCGGGAGAGGUUAGCUAAGGUCGUGGCGAAGAUGAGGGACGAGGUGUUCAGCGGCGGCAAGCCGCGAACAGUGAAAGUGGCCAACAGGGCAUAG